AUGGGAACAUCAACGGUAAAUGUUGAGAGCCAAGUUCGUCCGUCUCUCGAACUCGCCAAUACAAUCUGCCAUACCGAUGAUAGACAUCAGACUGAUGAUCUUGACGAUGGGUAUUUACACGUUUCGACAUCUACAAAAGUUUACCGGGGUGUCCUAUUCCAGAUGAUCCUGUUCGGAGCUCUUUCAUUCGUCGGCCCAGCCAUGUCCGACGCAAUAUCCAACCUCGGAGGCGGCGGUCUCUCCACUCCUUACCUGGGAAACUUGGCGAAUUCGCUCAACUACGCUGCUUCGUGUUUGAUAGCUCUCGCGGGAGGCCCAUUGAUUAACAAGUUUGGUAUUAAGUGGUCUUGUAUGAUCGCUGCGGUGACUAUGCCUCUGGCAGGGUCUUCCUACUACGUUAGUGCAAAGUAUGGUAUAGAUUGGUACCUAUUGUUGUCAAAGCUGCUUGAAGGUUUCACUUCGGCCUUUCUCUAUGUAGCCGAGACUACGGCGAUGCUGUCAUACCCGAAACAAGAUGACAGAGGUUUCUACUUGGGUAUUUGGUCUGCCAUGCGAAGCUCGGGUAGCGUCAUGGGAGGUGCGAUUAACUUUUCCACGAACUAUUCGAAAUCCUCGGCAGGAGGAAUCGCAUGGUCCACGUACCUCAUUUUUGUGGGCUUUGAAUGCACUGGUGUAAUAUGGGCUUUCCUUCUGUCGCCAACGCAUCGUGUUCGACGUCGUGAUGGUUCCAAAAUUGCCAUAUCCCCUAGCAUCAGCUGGAAGCAGGAAUUCUCUGCCCUGUUCAAGCAUUUACAGCGCAGAAAGACAUGGCUUCUGUUCUUGCCAGCAUUCUACUCAUUCUUCUAUGGCGGAACCAUGGGGACAUAUCUCUCACUACACUUCUCAGUGCGAGCUCGUGCCUUGUCAUCUCUGAUUACUCCAUCGGUCACUAUCCCCAUUGUCAUCGCAUAUGGGAAGCUUUUGGACUUCUCGCGCUGGUCCCAGCCAAAGCGGGCAUGGAUUGCUUUUGCCCUUUGGGCCAUUCCCCAGGCCGCCUGUUUCAUCUGGAUUGGCAUAGAAUAUAGUCAAUUCGGGGCUGCGACACUAGGACUUGAUUAUGAACAAGAUGGCAAAAGAUGGGCCGUUGCCUACAUUCCUUAUCUAAUUAUCUUUGUAACCGGCUAUUGGACCCAACUCAGUUUAUACUGGAUCCUUGGCACCUUUUCUACUGACAUCGGGUCUUCCUCCAGAACGGGCGGACUGUUUCGCUCAUUUGAAACCGCCGGCCAGGCUGUCUCAUACGCCAUUAACUCGACCUCUGGAGCCGACCCCAUAGUACCCUUGUAUGUCAACUUUGCGAUCUUGAUUGUUACUGUCCCCUGUAUGGUACUCCUGAUCCGAAUGGUACCGGUGACCCCACAUAGCACAGACAUUGAUGCAGGAAAUGCCGUGGUUAUUGAGGGCGUAUCAGCCAAGGACCAGAAGUAA